AUGCAUCACCACUUCCGUCCGGCGACACUGCCGGCGCUCGCCGCGGCGAUCUUCCUCCUCGCCACCCUCUCCCACGCGCACAACAUAUCUCGCAUCCUCGCUCAACACCCAGAGUUCUCCACCUUUAAUCACUACCUCACUCUCACGCACCUUGCGCCCGAAAUCAACGGCAGAACCACUAUCACUGUCUGCGCCGUCGACAACGCCGCCAUGGCCGACCUCCUCGCGAAGCACCCCUCCAUCUAUACCGUCAAGAACAUCCUCUCCCUCCACGUCCUCCUCGACUACUUCGGCGCCAAGAAGCUCCACCAGAUCACCAACGGCACCGCCCUCGCCGCCACCAUGUACCAGGCCAGCGGCACCGCCCCGGGCUCCUCCGGUUUCGUCAACAUCACCGACCUUCACGGCGGCAAAGUCGCAUUCGGCGCGGAAAACAACGAUGGAACCCUAACUUCCACCUUUGUCAAAUCCAUCGAAGAAAUCCCUUACAACAUUUCCGUUAUCCAGAUCAGCAAAAUUCUCCCCUCGGCAGCAGCGGAAGCCCCUGCACCCGCACCCGCUCAGCAAAACCUCACCAGCAUUAUGUCCAAACACGGUUGCAAAGUCUUCGCCGACACGCUUUCUUCCUUUAAAGACGCGCUUUCCACCUUCAACGACAACCUCGACGGUGGAUUGACCGUUUUUUGCCCCCUCGACGACGCCUUCAAAGCUUUCCUCCCCAAAUUCAAAAACCUAACCGCUUCUGGCAAACUCUCACUUCUUGAAUUCCACGGCGUGCCGGUGUACCAAUCCCUUGCCACGCUAAAAUCGAACAACGGACUUCAGAACACCUUGGCCACCGACGGCGCUAACAAUUUCGACUUCACUGUGCAAAAUGACGGCGAACAGGUCACUCUCAAGACGAGACUCACCACGGCCAAGAUCACCGACACGUUAAUCGAUGAACAGCCUCUCGCUAUUUUCGCUAUAGAUAAGGUGCUUCAGCCGAAGGAGUUGUUCAAGGGUGAGGCACCGGCUCCGGCGCCCGCACCGGAGCCGGCUGCCGCUGACGCUCCCGCCCCGGCGAAGAAGGGGAAGAAGAAGAAGAAGGCUGCUGACGCUCCUGCCGCGGAUGGGAAUUCCGACGCGCCAGCGGACUCCCCCGGGGACGCCGCCGAUGACACCGCCGACGAUAGUAACGGCGCCGUUAGACCCGAUGGCGGGAGGUAUGGUAAGGUUGUCGUUGCCUUGGGUUUGGUAUUUGGUUUACCGUUAGUGCUGUGA